AUAACAGAACAGUACCAGCUCCAUGAAGCUACAGCCUAUCUGUUGGAGAAGAAAGGUGAUUCUCAUGGAGCCUUCCAGGUCCUGCUUAAGGUAUAACACCUUCAAAACAUUAUUUUAAGCUAUACGUCAUUUAGUUUCUAAGGUUAUAACAAGAAAAAAUGUAUUUAUUAGUCAUGUUCUUUGAAAUCAAGGGAUAUAUCACAUUAAUUGAUAUUGCAGGAACCCUUACAGACUGGCUUUAAGCAAUUCUGUUUGUACCUCUCUCUCUCUCUCUCUCUCUCUCUCUCUCUCUCUCUCUCUCUCUCUCUCUCUCUCUCUCUCUCUCUCUCUCUCUCUCUCUCUCUCAGACGCUGAAGGACAAACUCAGCGCUCUCACCUCAGAGAAAGAGGGAGCAGAGAAAAGGAGGGAAGAGGACGGUGAGGAAGAGAGUCCUCUGCAGAGAGUGGAGGAGUCCUUGGGUGAUAUCAUCGCUCUCUGUCACAGGAGCUCCCAGAGUCUCAACCAAGAACAGAGAGGGGUGUGUGUGCCUGUGUGUGUGUGUGUGUGUGUGUCUGUCUGUGUCGGUCUGUUUGUGUGUGGGUAUAAUAAGCUCUCCUCUCUAUCAGGUGCUGUGGUUUCCUCUGCUAGAAGCUAUGAUGUCACCACAGAAGCUGCUCAAGGGACCGGACGCACGCCAUACAUCAGAG